GUGAGUGCAGUGCAAUGUGGUGCUCGUGAUUAUUUCAAUUUUAUAAUGACUAAUAACAAAGUACAGUUCGCGGGGUCCCCGUGUGGGCAGCACGGGAGCUACGUGUUCUACAAGGGGCUGCGCUACACCUCCCCACCUCCCCACGCUGCGCCUCGCCUCCUCGCGCUUGGGGAGUUUGUCUUCCUCAAGAUCUGGCCCCACGAGGACAUCGUCAGCAUCGGGGAGCCCCAGCUGAUGUGGGAGGACCGCGCCUCUGGCAACCUGCUCGUCUCCCUCAAGCUCUACUUCCGGCCUGAGAACACCCCCGAGGGGAGGAGUGGGGAGCACGGCGAGCACGAGGUGGUGUGCCUCUCCGAGAAGGUGGUGGUGAGGGCAGAGGACCUGGUGGGCCUCAUACGCACCGCUGAGGACGUGCAGUGGGCCACGGGCCUCAAGGGGGUCUACGGGCCCCACCCCCGACCCUCAGGCUCCCCCUCACCCCCCCUCAACAGGAACAACAGCAGCAGCACUAACGGCGACAACAGCGCUGUUAAUAACAACGGCAAUAAUGAAGACGAGAAAAAUAACAGCGAUGUUGUUGUUAUCACCGAUGAAACAACAGUUAAUAACAACAGCGGCAACAGAACAACAGAAAAUAACCAUACUCCUAUUAAAAACGAACCCCCGUCGUCCCCCAUCAAAACAGAAACCCCCCUCGAGGGGGGCGUUAUUGACCCCCAUAUCAAUAACAACAUCAAGACGGAGCAUGACCAGAAGGAGAACAAAUAUUCCUGUGCUAUUACCGCCGCUAUUGAGAACAAUAACAGUAAUAACAAGAAUGAUAACAGGAAGCUACAGGAGCUCCCCGAGACGCUGUACUACCCGCCCCCCGUCGCGGGGGGCGUCGACGUUGGGAGGAGGAAACCCACCCUUAACCCCCCUCCCCCCGCAGGUGACGUCAUCACCCCCACCACGACCCACCCCGUGGUGCUGACCUAUGACCGCUACUGCCGCAUACGCAGUGUGCUGGCGCGGGUGGGGUGUGUGGCUCACCACAUGAGGUCCGCUGUGGUCCAGGCCCUUGGUGGGUUCCUGGUGCCAUCCCACAACACCCUGCUCCUCUUCUGCAGGGAUGUCUUCGACUACCCGGAGCUGGAGGGGCAUGAUCUGCUGUGUAACCAUCUGGCCCCCAAGCUACAAGGGCGCCCCCGCAAGAAGCACAGGAAGCGCCCCUUCGCCCCCCUGCUCGGGGGCGUGCCCCCCGCGGGGGGUAACAACUCAGACUCUGAAUCUUCCGAGGAAACCGAAGAACUUGCUAAACCCCACGCCCUGCAAGCCCCAAAACUCAAAGCCAAGCCCGGGCUCACUGUCCCCACUAAGCCCAACAGCCUCAGGGCUUUAGACCGCAAAGCCAAGCACCCAAUAGCUGGGGUUCUCAAUAUCCGCGGGGUCUCAACCCCUAACCCCAACCCUAACCUUAAAAUUGCUAACGUAAAUGCUAGGAGUUCGUACCAACUCCUGCAACACCAUCAUAACCAUAAUAAUCAUCACCAUAACCAUCAUCAUGCUUCCUCAUCACCACAGUCAUCACGACACUCAACUGUCACCACCACCACCACUAACUCUUCAACCAACGGUAACUCUAACUCCACCAGCAACCAUAACAAAAAUAACCACCAUAACCUACCACCAAGUUACCUAAACUCGUUACAACAACUCCACCAUCACCACCAACAACAACAGGAACACCAUCGUCAACAACAACAACAACAACAACAGCAACAACAACAGGACUUUUCAACACCCGCGUUGAAUCGUCUCAUAGAAGUUGACUUCAUGUCGAAGUUGCAUAAGUUUAUGAGGGACCGCAACUCUCCCAUCACGCGCCUGCCCCAUGUCGGCUACCGCCAGCUGAACGUGUUCGAGCUGUUCAGCGCAGUACAGCAGCUGGGUGGGUACGAGGCGGUGUGCGCUAAGAAGCAGUGGAAGAUGUUAUAUGAUCAGAUGGCUGGCCCACCUCCUGCCCACCCCACCAACCCACCCUCACCCUCCUCUGCUAAUGUCAUCAGGAGGCAUUAUGAGAGGCUGCUGUACCCGUACGAGAAGUUCCUGUUGAACGAACAGAAGCGACUGUACGGCUCAGAAACAGCUAAAGCUCUGCACCAUCACCAACAGCAACAACAACAGAUGCAACAUCAACAGCAACAAAUGCAACAACAUCAACAGCAACAACAGCAACAUGCUGCGCGCAACAGUAACGGCAAGAAACAACAGGACGGCGAGCCUUCUGUUUCCAUCCUGCAGGUUCAGGACAAAUCGAGUGUGAUGACCCGCAUGGAUUCAUCACCCACCACCACCACCACCACGUCCACCUGGUCUGCUCCCGUGGAUAUCAUCACCCAUCUUCACCACCACCACCAGCACCACCGUGCUUCACCACCCAAUAAUGAUCAGAAAAAUGGUGCAGCUUUGUUUGCCAGCGGUGUGGUGACAUCACCACUCUUCUCGGUGCCGAAGAUGAGCAGCGUGGGGAUGAAGGACUCCCACAUCCCCGCGGACCUCGCCAAGCGCCCCGAGAUAACCAUCACCCCAAUCCCCCGCACCUUUAAUGAGACAUUAGCUGCAGCCGCUGCUGCUGCUGCUGCCUCAUCCCCAUUAGGGGUUCUAGGGUCGGGGCUCAACCUCAAAGCCCUUGGGAUCGACCUCCCCGAGCUGAACGUUUUGGAUUUAAAUUCGCUUUCGAAUUUGUCGGAACUUGCGAAGAAAUUCGAUAAGAAUUCGUUUAAUGCGGUGGCCGCGGCCACGAUGGCCGCCGCUGUGGCCGCCGCCGGGGCUUCGGCCUCCCCUGGGGUCGGGGGGCUCAGUUGUGAACCCUCAGCCAAGAGGUUCAAACCCGACGAUGGCGGGGGACGAUUGAUGAACGGAACCCGCGAUGUCGGGAACGUCGGGACCAGCUCCCGCCACUCCCACCACAUUCCCCACCACCCUCUGGGUGUCAGUGGGUCCCCAUUGGGGGGCAGGUCCGGUCUAGACCUGCAGGCGGAGCUGACCAAGCUACAGACCGUGCCAGACCUUGUAUCUGCAGACCUACUAAGGUCUAUGAAUUUGUUAGACGCGAACUCGAAACUUCUUUUGCCGGCGCAUCAGAGCACCAAGACCAUCAACGCCCUGGCUGCCUUGCUUCCCCAGACCUCUAUAUUCCCCGCGUCAGCCCCUGCAGCCCACCAACAGACCUCCAGGUCCCCUCUGAAGACCUCACAAGGGGACUCUCCUCGCCCAGACCCUCCUAGGGUCUUCCAAAGCCAGAGCGUCUACGCCCAGAGCAGCCGGGUCUACGACAAACCCAUCGCAGACCACGCGGGAGGGUCUACGGCCCGCCCAGCCCCACAUUCGUCCCCCAAGACCCCUACCAGCAAAAGAUCAAGUCCUGAGAUCCAAAUCCUAGACCUGAGCAGACCCCCCUGCAGUCUAGCCCCCACUAAGUCUACAGGAAGAGGUGGUGGUAAAAGUGAAAGGUUAGACGUCGAACUUUUGGACCUUUCAACGAGAAGAGACAUAACCGUGUCGGCCGUACCUAAACCGUUAACAUUGAACAAACAUUCCAGAUCUUCGUUAAUGCAUCAUAAACCUUCAUCAUUAUCAUCAUCAUCAUCAACUACAUCAUUGGAUGGGGGAGUCACCAUCACCCCCAACAACAACAGGAACUUUCGUUCCCCCGGGGGAGGAGGUAUGGGGAAUGCUGAGUUACCAAGGGGCAUGAGUAAUGCUGAGUUAUCGAACCUCAUGAACAGCAUGCCAGGUGCUGCACUCAUGGCUGCUGCUGCUGCUGCUGCCCAGGGUCUAAACCCACAUGGUCUACCACCGGGACUAGCUGGUCUAGGGCUCCCCCCGGGGUCCUUGCCCCCCAGCAGCAUUUCUGGGUCUCUUCUCCCCUUCCUGAUGGGGGUGAGUACCUCAGCCAACACGAAGAACUCUUCCUCAUCUCCUAGCACCCCUGGAGGAGGUAUCCCCCCAGGUCUCCCCCACAUGUUCCCCUACAUGGACAGCAACCCUUUAGCCGCCGCUUAUUACAAUUCAUUAAUCCCUUCGUCCUCGACUUCGUCCACUCUGUCCUCUCUGUCCGCCGCUCACCAGGCGGUACAGAUGGCCCACCUCAACAGCCUGGGGUUGGGGGGACCAGCGGGGUUAUUAAGCUCACCCCCCAUGGGGGGACCCUCGAACUCUGGGGUCUCCCCCGAGGCGCUCGCAAAUUUAGGAAUGUACAAAAAUUUCCUUGGGAACGCCGCGGCCGCCGCCGCCAGCAGCGGUGGGAGCGGCGGGAAUGUUCCGCCAGCGCACUUUUUGGCGGCCCUAAUGUCCCCUGGCGGGCCUAAGCCUAAGAAAUGAACCCCAACUUAGGCCUAUUUCCUGGCUGACAUAAGCCUAAGAAAUGAACCCCACUUAGGCCUAUUUCUUGGUUUAAGCCUAAGAAAUGGACCCCAACUUAGGCCUAUUUCCUGGCUGACAUAAGCCCAAGAAAUGAACCCCCAUCUUAGGCCUAUUUCCUGACAUAAGCCUAAGAAAUGAGCCCCAACCUAGGCCUAUUUCCUGGUGGGCCUAAACUCAAGAAAUGAACCCCAACUUUGGCCUAUUUCCUGGCUGGUCUAAAUGCGUCUGUGUGAGCUAUUUUUUAGGCCUAUAGGUCAUUAGCGGAAAAUUUUAGCUUCAUGUCAAACUUCCUCAAUUAAUUUUAGGGUAGAAUUUUUUUUUUGUCAAUUUUGAUGAAUUUUAGAA